AUGGAGGGUCAAAGAAGUUUAAAAAAAAUUAACGUUUAUAAGCGUCUCCCAUAUUUAUACUUAGGGAUGUUUUUCAUUGGAGGUUUACUGGAAGUAGUUUUUUGUUCAACUAAUUUUUAUCAAAUUUAUAAUAUUGGUGAAAGUGAAAAAAAAUUAGAAAAUGAUAUGACAUAUUUUAUGGAAAGAUAUAAACUUAGACAAAAAAUUAAAGAAAAAGCUACACAAAUAUCAGAAGAAUAA